AUGUUCGCUGCGGCCGAGCCCCGACCUUUCCGUGGCCGACCGCUAGCGGGCUCACGUGACCUCGGUCGCCGUCGCGACCGUCGUGGCUGCGGCAGAAUCGGCGUGUCUGUCGUCCCCCCUCUCCUCCCCGUCGUCAUAGGGCGGGCUGAGUCGUUGUCGCCGCGUGUGAAAAUGAAGCUUAGGCCCUUGGCCGCGUCGGUGAGCGGAUGUUUCAUGAUGACCGCAUGGAUGCCUCCCCCUCUCAGCGGGCGUCACCCAUUGGACUGGCAUGCCUGUUUGCUGCAGCUUUCUCCUUAAGGGACACAUCGGGCGAUCUGGCUGGCCCCGUCCUGCCGGUAUCCCUGAUAGCAUUGUUAGCGCUCGGCCGCAUCGAGGCGUGUCGCCUUUGAUCUACACUGCGGUCUUCUGAUGUGGGGGUAACAAUGUCCUUCCUGGUUACUUAUGUCGUCGACCCUGGCCGGAAUGAUUGGGUCCCUGUGCGUACUGAAUGAAACUGCAAGGUUUACUGACGGGCAGGGAGGCCUAUGCGCUUUUGGAUGCCGGAUGGUUCAAGAAGCUCGUUAACAGCAUGGACGAUAGACUGGUUAAGUAAGACGGGAGCCUUUGCAAGAGGGUAGGCAUUGACCGUAAAGGCCACUACUGAGGAGCAACCUCACCUAAUCGCAGAUGCUCUGUCCUGCGGCCCACUCGACUGACAUCAGUUCGGAGAAACGUGCGUCCGGACAGUCGCAGCGGUCCCUGCCCCACUUGAAAAUGCUAUCCCUCGACCAUGUUCACCGACGAUGUCCACCGUGUGCUCCACGACAGGGUGAGAGUAGGAAUGUUGAUUUGCGCGUGAAUUGUAGACUUGCGCAGCAUCUACCGCACUUCCUCCUCCACCCCCACCAAGAUCCGGUGUCAAGACAGAGCCCAGAAGACCGGUGGCGGGGCUAGGUAGCAGGUGACUGGCACGGCGUAAAUCCGCGUCUAGGCGUACCGCCACAACGUACACUGACUAGGAUUUUAUACCGCAACAAAAAUAGGGAACGGUACGGACUUCGGUUGACGCAGCGUGAGCCUGGAACCGGCGUGUCACUACAUCCCAGUGUUGACAUUUCUUGUGGGUGCACUUUCCGAUAACUCCUGCCGGACUCCAAUCUAGCCCUUUUGCCGGCCCGGCGCAUCUACCGCGUGGCCCGUCCUAGGCGCAAUACGGGCCACUAGACACCCUACGCCUCGGGUCAUGCUCUCCACAAACCUACUAAAGCGGCUGACGCCUCAAUCUGACUCUCUUUCAGGCAUGAAUUAAGGUAGUCAGCACGCGCCCUGGUCUCACUUACUUCUGGUGCCUUCUAUCUUAUCCUCAUGGUCGCGGUCUGACUUGAUGAUUGGAACGACCCAAGGCACAGCUAAUAUUCCGACCCGCUACGACUCAAUAAUCGAUCGUGGUCAGCUUGAGUGCAGAGGCAAUUCUACAGAAUUGAACGUAAGUACAAUUGACCAAAAAUUUUGAGGAAUGUUUUGACCCUAUCGGCUUCUUCAUUUGGUUCGGUUGAGAUAUCUUCCCGACAGAUUCCGCAUUCAGACCGAUGAGUCACGAGAGCAUGUCAAAGUGACAACGAGAAGAUUCAUGCAUCAAAAGUCACGGAGACAGCGGCUGCUGCCGCCGUCAGCCAUCCGUCAAUGCUGCCAUUCACGGCGCAACGGGAAUGCAGGCGCCUGAGCUUUGUCUGGUAGCGACCAGUCUUUGAGAGCAGAAAUAUCGAUCGGUGCCACUGUGUCGCCAAGUCGGGAGGCUGGGUCAUACAGGAGGCAUGCAGUGAACUGAUGGGGGGGGGAGGCGUUGGGUAGCCGCCACCACGUCGAGGGACCGCCAUAAGCGGGGCGUUCGUGUUGGAGGUUGUGUUGCUGGGUGGUGGCUGUAGGAUCGAUUGUAGUCGGCAUGAGUGCAAAGAAAAUUGUACAGGGUGAAACACAGGCACCAUUGAUCAAACGCUUUCAGGAGUGCGUUCGUUCUGUCUUUACAUCCGUAUGGCACAACAGAGGUCUCGGCUGGCCCUAUGCAAUUUGCAAAUGUUUCUAUGGAGUAGAAAGUGCAGCCCUUGAGUCUGGUUAAUUCAUUGUUCCGUCCACCAUUCGCAUUGCCUGUUCGGUGGUAGAAACCGCUCACUAGUUAAACAUUUUCUAUGUAUACACAACUUCCAGAUGUCUCUGACCGUCAUAUCUGUUGAAGUCUGAUAUUUCUUUAAGUAGGGAAUUCUUAAGCCUUCUCGCCCCUAGGGGGCCUAGCACAAGCAUGUCAUCAGUGUAACCCAUAGCCAAACCGCAUUAGGUUGUGACUCAUAGGUAGUCUGUCGUGGUGUGCCGAAUAAAGCCCUCUAUCGGGUACUUGUGGAUUCCUAGCGAACAUCAUAGGUGGGGCAAGUGUUGAGGUUGCCCGGCUCACAACAACAUCGUGCUCGCACAGAAUAGGAAUAAGAAUAAGAAGAAGAAGAAGAAGAAGAAGAGGAAGAAGAAGAAGAAGAAGAAGAGGAAGAAGAAGAAGAAGAAGAAGAAGAAGAAGAAGAAGAAGAAGUGA